GUGGCUUCAUCCUACAACAACAUCGGUAAUGCGUAUUCUGACAUGGGUGAUUAUCCCAAGGCACUUUCAUCACAUGAACAAGCUCUCAAAAUACGAGAACAAUCACUUCCUCUCAAUCAUCCACAUGUGGCUUCAUCCUACAACAACAUCGGUAAUGCGUAUCACAACAUGGGUGAUUAUCCCAAUGCACUUUCAUCAUAUGAACAAGCUCUCAAAAUACGAGAACAAUCACUUCCUCCCAAUCAUCCAGAUGUGGCUGGAUCCUACAACAACAUCGGUGAAGCGUAUCGCAACAUGGGUGACUAUUCCAAGGCACUAUCGUCACAUGAACAAGCUCUCAAAAUUAAACAACAAUCACUUCCUCCCAAUCAUCCAGAUGUGGCUGGAUCCUACAACAACAUCGGUGAAGCGUAUCGCAACAUGGGUGACUAUUCCAAGGCACUUUCAUCAUAUGAACAAGCUCUCAAAAUACGAGAACAAUCACUUCCUCCCAAUCAUCCACAUGUGGCUUCAUCCUACAAUAACAUCGGCGCAGCGUAUCGCAACAUGGGUGAUCACAGAACUGCUUUAUUAUUUUAUACAAAAGCUGUUCAAAUCGCUCAAGAAGUGUUACCAUCGACACAUCCUCAUCUACAAUUGUAUAAAACAAAUUUUGAAGCAGUACAACAGUUUCUGUCUUUGGGUUCUUUUCUUACAUGGAAAUGA